GCCGCUUACAUCACCGUUAUCGCUGCUGCCGUUCCGGCUGUUUGGUCUCUACCUGCGGGCCUUGUUGCGAGACAGUUCCAGGUCCCAACAUGCGGCGCAGAGACAUGCCUGGCUUCAACAAAUGGCACUUUCGUGGCUGCGGGCGCACCUAACGGCACUGCGCCCAACGACCUCGCAAAGAUAUGCUCUCUUCCCCAGGAGGACGUCACCCGCUACGUACAGACUGUACAGCCCUGUAUCGAUGGUGACGCUGGCAACAAGACGUGCACAGCAGGAGCCAUUUACCAGUACAAGGAUCUUUUGAAGACCGAAUGCAUGAAGCCAGCAUACAACAAGCAAGUCCAGUGGGCUUAG